AUGGCUGAUAACCGCCUUGCUCCGAGAGUAUUGGCCAAACGCAGUGUUAGAUUCCAGAGCCCAAGAAAUGCUGCCUUGCUAACUCUCGUGCUCAUGCUGGCGUUAAUCAACCUGGAUUUCGACAGCAUGCUCAUCAUGACCAACGCCUAUUCUGCCGGUGUCCAGCUAGUUAUCAUCGCUGCGAUCAUCAAACUGCGACGCGAUUUGCCAUACAUCGCUCGUCCGACCAAAGUUCCAGGAGGGAUUCCACUUCUAUUCGCCAUGGCAGUUGCACCAACGUUCAUGUUCGGCUACAUCACCUUCUACGCCCUCCGCAGCAUGGUCUCCGCUAUUCUCAUGGUCGCCUUCUUCGUACCGGGGGUCGCUUAUGCUGGCUAUCGCUUCUACUACCUCCGUUCACUGGCAUAA